GCGUUAUAUGUAUUCAAAAUUAUUUUCUUCUUCAGGCAUCUUUUGGCAUCAGCUUGUUGCUUUUGGAUGACAUCAGCUUGAGACUUGGUCUUUUCACUCUAGGAUGCUCUCCAGGUGGAAGUAUGAGCAAUUUCUGGACUCUGCUGUUCAACGGGGAUGUCAACCUGAGCGUAACCAUGACGUUCAUCAGUACCAUUGCUGCUCUAGCCAUGAUGCCUUUGUGGAUCUUCACUCUCGGAGCUUCUUUAUUCCGAGACCGAAAUGCCACCAUUCCUUACGUGAAUCUUGCGGGAUCCUUAAUUCUGCUAACUCUUCCAAUCGGCAUUGGACUCCUCAUCCAGCAAUACUCGCCACGAUUAUCCAAGAUCUCCAGAAAAAUCAUUAAACCAUUCACCCUCAUUUGCGUCGCAGUGGGCAUUUCUGUUGGUCUUUAUGCCAACAGCUUCGUCUUCUCCUUGUUCACUUGGCAAGUUGUUUUGUCAGGUUUGGGCAUUGCUUGGGGUGGUUAUUGCUUCGGGGCCUUGAUGGCUUGGCUCUUCCGCCUGGAAAGAUCACAAAUCAUUGCCGUUUCCAUCGAGACAGCGUUCCAGAAUCCUGCCGUUGCAUUUGUCCUACUAUUGCUAUCACUUCCGCAACCAGAUGCCGAUUUAUCUUCCGUGCCUGUAAUUGCCCAACUCAUGCUGACUGGAUUGCCCAUGUGGGCCCUUUUAGUUAUUACAAGGGUUUAUAAGAAAGUGAAGGCUUGCUGCGAGAAAAUGAAGGAAGAAGAUAUUGAGAAACCUGAGAUAGACACAGUCCAAAAGGCUUAUUGGGCUUUAGCUGUGGAACCACCUAGUGAUGAUGAAAACGCUAAUUUAGAAACAAAGCAACCCAAAGUAGACAUUAUCCGUAUUACGUCCUCUUAAAUAUCACUGCCUAUUAACAGAAUUUACUUUUGUGUAAUUACCGUAUUUGCCGGCGUGCAAGACGCACUCCCUUUUUUUAUACAGAUUUUUGAAGGAUAAAACUUUAUUACUGGUCAUUAUAAUGAAUUUACAGUAUUUUAAGUAUAAAUACAAAGUAAUACUUUCUGCAAAUACCCAAUUUACCUGGGAAAGAAUACCUCUUAACCUUCUUCAUUAAAACCCAGACACUCAUCUUCAGAACUAAAUGAAGAGUCACUUGAAACCUCUUCUAAAUCAACAUCUGAGUCCUCAUACAACAAAUUGUCCUCUGUAUCAUCCAGUGUAUUACUAAUGCCACGCUUGUUAAAUGAUUUAACCAAUUUCUCUGUUUUCACAACAUCCCAGGAAGCUUUGACCCAUUCACAGACUUGCGAAAUGCUAGGCGUCUCCUUUCUUCCUGAUGGUGUAACCUCAAAAUUUGAAGAUUGCAUCCAGCUGUUCCACGCCUCCAUCAUACGCUACGUAACCGUAAUAUUCCCACACUCCGUAAGGAAACACAAAAAAUCCCAUAACUUCUAAUAGAGGAAAUUUCCAGAAAUUAAUGUAAUUAAAACUGAGUGUCGAUGUUUAAGACGCACCCCGUUUUUCAGACCUAUUUUCAAAGAAAAAAAGUGCGUCUUAUACGGCGGAAAAUACGGUAAUUUAAAAUUUCAGUAUACAAAUAAAUACUGACUUUGUUAACGUAGUUUUUGAUGAAAUCUACAGGUAUUCUUUAAAAAUUUAAAAAAUACUUAUGGUUUUCUUUAGAAAUUUGUACCCUUAUUUUUGCUAAGACAAAGUUUUUUUUUAGUUUGAAAUAGUGAAAAUAUAUUAGUCAUUCUUAAAUGUAAUUAAAACUGAGCCUUUCGGUUAAGGUAAAAGUCAUUUUCCUAUAAUGAGAUAUUAUAUUGUCCUACGUUAUUCAUUGUUUUCGUUUAUUGUUCCAUUACAUAUGAAAACUAUUAUGUGUAUCUUGAUUGACUAUAUGUUAGAAAUUUAAUUCAUUUUAAUAAAUUAUUUAUAUUUUUCAUUUGCUUAUAACUGCGCAUGCAAAUAGUAUCUCUGUUAUCAUCAUAGACACUGUCCAUUUAAGCAUGCUCCAUGAAAAAUAUAUUUUUAAUUGCUAACUGCAAAUAUUGAAGCAAAGCAACUUUAUUAAUACAUCAAAACUGCAUUUUUAGUCUCUUUUGUUUAAGAAUCAAAUAUAAACGGAAGAGUUCCGAUUUCUCAUCGCAUCAUCCAGUCUCUCAGCUAAUCUCCCUGUUUUUAACAUUUAUCUGAAUUUGAUUAUCUUGUUCAUAUGUUGUUGUAGAUGAUUUAUUAAUCACUAACUUUAGAAAGAAAGAGAAAUGUUAUGAAAAAGAGAAUUUUGAUGACCAAUUCGUAAAACAAGCUAAUAAAACGAUAUGUUUAUCUGUAAAUGAAACUCAGACAGGGUAAAUUCAUUUCUUUCACUAGUGAUUUUCAGCCUAAUUUUCUGAUUAAUUUUUAUUCGAUAUGAGUUAUCUUAAUUCAUUAAUGAUUUUGUAGAGCAUUUUAUGAAGAAGACUUUUUUAAUGCUGAAUAAAUUCAACAGGCCUACACACUGUUGGUUACGCACUUCUACUAAUAUAAUGUUUAAAGGCUAAACAUUUGUAUUUAAUUUUGUCUGUUCUUCUUAUUAAUUAUUUAAAUGUCUGAGCAAUAUUUUAUGUGUUAAGUUUAUCUCUGAGAUUAUGUGCACAUUAAUUAUUUAAUUUUAUUUCUAUCGCUUUUGAAAAGUACUUUGUAGUCGAAAUUUUUCCUGUGUUUGCUUUAAUUUUUACACUAGUUUUAAACAUAAAUUAAAAUAAAAUUUUAAUUUGAAUAAUAAAUGAAAAAUUAAAUUGUUAUAUUUUACGUCAAAAUCAGGAUAUGAAUAGUAAAUGCUAGAAUUAUGCAGUAUAAAUUGACAAUACAUCAAAGUAGCCGAUGGAGUCCUUUUGAAGUUGCAUUGCUGCUUCCAGAUUUUUUUAUAUUUCAGAAUUGGCAGCUAUACAAUGUUUAGUCUCUUUUGUUUAAGAAUGUUUGUAAAUAUUAAAUACAUGUGUACGACAAAUUUUUCAAUUGAUAUCAAUGAAAUUUUAUAUUCUUUUAACUACCUCAAAAAUAACUAUUACAAUUUUUUUAUGCAUCACAUUGCAUUAAAUCUGAACGAUCUUGUAUGUUUUACUAAUAAAAAUAAAAUGCUUUCAUAAAGUGCCUUAUUAUUGUUGCACUAUAAGUGAAUCUGCAUUUUGAAAAUUUUGAUGAAAGCAACAUAAACUGAAAAAAAACUGAGAAUGAAAUGGCAAGAUUAAUGGACAUAUUUUAGUUUUUUUUUCUUCUCGCUCUUAUGACAUACAAAAUCUGUGAAAACGAUUGUUUUAAACAAUUGAAAAAGGCGGAACUUGAAUGUUUUGCCUUUUAUUUGUAUAGUGUUUGAUAAGAAUCCUAUUUAAGGUUUAAUUAUCAGCCUUUUAUAUGUUAGUCUAUCCCUCAACUGUAAAAAGAAAAAAAAAAAAAGGGGGGGGGAUUGUUUUUAUCAGGCAACUUAGCUGUGAAGCGAGUUAAGCACGUGAUUCAGUUUCGAGAUAUCAACUAUUCGAAGAGAAGGGAAUCAAAAACUGUUUUGAGAAUUAUAUAACGUGAUGCCUACUUAAGUAAUAAUUUGAUUGAUUAGUUUAAGUUUAUUUUUCUACAAAAAAUGUGUAUUAAAUUAAUUAUCAUCUAUGUUGUUUAACGAUUUUUUAUUGAACCAGGUGUGUAAAUGUCUGCUAACACCAAUAAAAGGGUUUAUUUUUACCUAAUAUAUAAAAUUAUAUUUUCUUUUAGAAAUGGAUGAAAAGAGAAAUUAAUUAAUUAAUUUUAGUUCCUGUUCUUUUUAUUCGUUGGUCCAUAUCAUCCGAAUAUUAAAAAAAAAAUUAGAAUUAUACAUGAAAUGUAUUUUGAUUAAAAAAAGUUAGUUCUUAAUUUUAGAUAAUUACUUUAAUAUUAUAAUCCAUUGAAAUUUAUUACCAGAUUAUACUAUCGUUAAUGAACAUAAAUUUUAUAUUUCAUGAAAAAUAUGUACAUUAAAGAAAAAAGUGCUUCUGAAUUAAGCGAAACUGUUUUUGUAAAUACACUUUGUAAAUUUUGAUGACUAUUUUGUAUUAUGUACAUAAUAAAAAUAUAUAGUUUUGAAUAUUAAAAACAUUCUUGUUAUCAAAUUGUUAUUUGAAAUUCCAUGUAAAGUUUUUGUAAUUAGUUUUCCGAUUCCAUAAUUGAAAUUUGUUAUCAGAUAUACUUGAGUAAUCUUUCUAUGUUUCAAUCGGCUAACAGUGAAAGGUAAUUAAUAAAAUAUCAGAGAGUAGUUUUUUAAAAAA